AUCAGCAACAGUUUCAAACUCAAUUGAUUUAUCAGUGAACAACUUAAGUAGCAAAAAAAUGCCACCAAAUAUUGCUGCCUCUAUAGUCAAACUCGGUCAGCAGAAGAAGAACGACGAACUAAAGGAAAUUUUAGAAAAGUUUCCGAUUAAAGAAUUAUCUGAUUUGGUCACAUCGAAUCUCAAAACGGCUGAUGCGUUCACACUGUGGCACUUCGUACUUGUCGGAUUGGCAUACUCUAGCAAAGCGAAGGAAAAACGAUUUGAGGUGACCCUGGCGGUACUGAAUCAGUUGAACAAAACCGAACUAAGUACAAAAAUUGUGUUCGACAUAGUUUCUCGGCUGGUGCUUGAUUUGCCGAAAUUCAGUGCCGAACAGUUGGUAGAAAUUAUGGAAUAUUGUCUGGAAUCAAUCCGGGCGGGAGAUCCUAAAUGCACCGGUUGGAAGGAUUUGUUUCCUGACGUGUUGAAACUAUUGCACGAGCAAGUGGGAAAGUUUAGCGCCAAUGGUUUCAUAUUGUCCGGUCACGAGUAUCGAAAGAAGGUGUUGGAUGAUUUAUUCAAGAUGAAGAUUCAGAAUGGUAUUAUGACAUCUUUUGCUGCCAUGUUCCGUGAGGUACCGUUAAGCAAAGAGGAAACCACGUCAGUAGUGGGAAAGAUUUGCGAUGCUGUACGAGGCUUUCAGCCGUUAGAGAUUCCAGCUUUGUCGUUCCAACUGUUUCAUAUUUGUCUUAAGUAUUCCAGCUUGCUAGUAUUGCCAAUCUAUGCAUUGCAAAAGUAUUUCCAUAAACAUUACUACAAGAAAAUACUGCAGAGCGAUGGAGCUGAUAGCACAGAUUUUGAUAGCAUUGAACCGGUAUCCGAUAAAGAAAUCCGAGAAGCGGAAGAGACCGUUCUUUAUCAUUUGUCUAAUGUCACGGAAUUCCGGUUGGACGAAGCACACGUAGUGGCUAUGUUUAAACCUUUCCAAUGCAUGCCUGAAUUUUUGUUGACGCCGUUCGUAAUCAGUGGCUUAAUUGCAAUGAGCAAAAUCAAUCGAACACCUGAUACUAUGAAAGUGGUAACCUCACAGGUGAUGUCUUUUCUCACAAAGCUAGUGGCUGAGAAUGAAAAUGAAAAACUAAUAUGCCGUCGUUCGGCAUGGUGUCGGGGACGAAUUGAAUCCGACGUUGUUCCUGACAUUGACCGUAUCCUGGCUAUUCUAACAGAGCACAGUCAAGAGGGCAUGGAAGUUGUUACGCCAGGAGUGAUUCAUUUUGGUUUUGCGCUAUUGAUUGCCAAGAAGCAGCCUCGAUUGCAUUCCAUUGCAAUAUCUUUUCUACAAAACUUUAUCAAAAAACGCUUCAUUUUUGGUGUUGGAAUAGUGGGAAAAUUGAAACAAUACCUUUUUGCCGAACUUGAGUCGCUACAGUUUUCGGAAUGUUUGAACACUCUGAGCUUAACCAAUGCGUUGACACUGUCGGAAUGUAAUUCGGCAAUUAAUUAUAUAUUGGAGUAUCUAUUAAUGAUUAACGGUGUCCACUCAAUGCGCAUAAUGACAUUUUUGUUCCCGUUGAUUCGUAUAUCACACACUAUACGAGACUCGUUCAUUGAAGUGCUUCGUAAGGCAAUGUACCACAGUGAAGUUAACACACGCAUGAUGGGUGUGUUUGGAUUCUGUGCUCUAUUGAAGCAAUUGAAAAACAAUAAUUCGCGUCGCUCAGUACUCGGCGGGUCCGCAGGAAAUCUUACUCAGCUUUCCAUUUCUGGUAUGUCCUUGCUAUCGCAGUCCACUUUAGGUCGAUCGGAUAAUCCUGACGUUCAUUUUGAUAUGUUGACAUUGGAAAUUUUGGGAAUUCUCAGGAGAUGCUUCACACAAACAAUUGUGGUUCGAGAGUUGCUUUACGAGAGUCUCGGUCGAGCGGUGGAAUUUAACUGUAAGCUAUUGCCCCAUGUACUGCAAUUUGCCGAUUUACACUUUAGUAGUUAUUUCAACGAGUCGCUGGAAGGUGCAUUGGUAAUUGAGUUUGAAAAAUGUGUCCGUUACAAGCAAGCCGAAACAGAUUCAGAAGAGGACGUAAUCGAUCCGCAAUCUCAGCAGAUUGAAGUUUUUGACAAUGUUGGCAAAUUGAUGUACCUAAUGGUGCAUUGUGUGACGCUGUGUGAUCAGCACAGUAUACAGCAUGACAACGAAGGUGUUCAUAAGAUACUAAAAGAUGUGAUAAAGCAAAUUGAGCAUAUUUCCUUGGAUAGUUUGGGAAUUAUUGGAACCCUCGAUUCCAAGACAUGUGUUAUUGGUUGUCAUUAUUUAAAUACGAUUGAAGCGGCCAUGUCUUAUUGCAUUUGGAAUGCGAAAACUGAUAAUAGCUAUCUUCGUGACCUGGUCAAACUGUUCAAGCACUACCAGAGUAGCUAUGAGAAUAUUAAGAAAAUGGAAACAAAAAAAGGUGGUAAAAGAGCGAACAAUGAAACCAUCGCCCUUACGGCUACAGGAGCAACUGCAAAAGGUGUGCCUUUUAAACCUGAUUGUAUUUUGGAUCUGGCGACAUUAGAGCGACUUUUGAAAAUUAUUUUUGACGAGUCAACCACGCAUGGACCUGAGCAGGACCUAGAAUCGCUCCGAUCGAAUCGUGAUUUUACGGUAUUUGUGCUGAAAGUGACUUCGGAAAAGUUGGAGGUCCUGCGUCAGACACCGGAGUAUUGGCAAAUCAAGCACAGCAAACGCGUUUUCAGUCACCUGUGCGAGUGCGGUAAAAGGAUAUAUGAUCGCGUUGUAAAGAAAACCAACGAGUUGUGUGGAAAUGGGAACAUACUUGUUGCCCUCGGUGGAGGUGAAUGUUUUCGACAAGCACUAUUGACCGCGCUAGCCGUGUACGAAAGAAAGUUAACUGACUUUUUGAGGUUAAUCAGUUGCUCUUUGGGUAGUAACUAUAAAGCUGUUUUACUCACAACCAUGCACGAAAUUAUUGAUCAGUACUUUGCUGAUGGAGCGGAAACCGAGACAGCCGGCGAGAAGACAGUUUGCAACUUAUUCCUUUGUUUAGAAAUCCUCUACCAGUCUAAUACUAUGGAAAUCGCUGAAAUCAAUGCAGCUUAUACAUGGCUGCAAAACUUCUGUGAAAACACUAAACUGAAGAUCAAAUCGCUUGGAAUUGUGCACAGAAUUCUUUUUGAUUUAAGAUUAAAAACUCAAACGGGUGCUUAUUUUGACACCGUUUCGAUGCUUGUCGAAAAGAAAUUCGGGCAGAUUGAAGCAGACGAUCUUGCACCAAGUUUUACGCUGAAAUCAAUCAGCUCAAUAACAGUGGAAUCCGCUCUGUACGCUUUGUGUAAUGUCCUUAAACAGCAGUUGGAUGAUGUGGACCAUUUUGUGUUGAGAACAAACAGUGUCCUUGGUCGACUGAAGAUCUACGGGCACGGCGAAAACGAUGAAUAUUUACAACAGUUGAAAUCUAUUGAAAGGUCUAUGUGUUCGCAACUUGUGCAUAUCAUAUCGGCUGCUACGCACUUGACGAAUUCACAGUUGCCUCUGGGAUCAUGCAUGGAUGCAUUGCUAAAACUGUUAAUCAAUGUUUAUUGCUGUCUUUCAAAUUUGACAAAACACUUCCUGACCAGACAUCCGGUGGCAGCUGUUUCUCAUGAUUCAACAAAGUUUAACUUGGUCAUCAAAUCAACCAAACAGUUGGCGGUCCGAAUAUACAACCUGUUUCCAUUUAUUGAAGAAAACAUUUUAGGUCAGCCUGAACAGGCAGAAAGCGACGAAGAGUCAAGCGAACCUUCCAAAUCAAAAAGUGCGGCGAAUGCCAAGCGUAACCGCGAGAAGGUACUUCGUCAAACCAAGCUCAUACCGAAGGUGGUAUUUCGCAUAGAAACGUUCAAUAAGUUCGUUCUGCUGCUAAGUAAGCGAACGAAGAAAGAUCUUACCUACUUGUUGCACAUUGGAACGGUUAGAGAUUUCCGCAUCAAGGAACCCGCGUUGGUGGAAGCCAUUAAAAAAGCAUGCGAUGGUAGGCAGGACGAGACAAACUCUGAAUUUGGAGAUUUGGCUGAUUUAGAGUACGAAGGAACAGAUCUGGGACCCUUGGUUAGACCAACUUCGUCUUCAAACAUGGGUGGUGUUAUCACUAGCAGCACUGUUUCCAUAGUGCCAGAAGAAAGUCAGCUUGAUCAGCAAGAAUCGAACACUGAUUUGUCAGAUGUAGGGAACGAAAAUUUGCUAAUGAAGAAUUUGGCGCUGCUGAAUGAAAAAAGUAAGCGACGGUCCAGGAAAAAACGGUCCAAUGCUGCAGAUGAGAAAGAAAUGGAAAAUCAUGCUGCCGAACAAGCUAAGAAAAGAAGAGUGACAAAAAAGAAGGCAGUGUCAUUGAUAAAUAAAACAGCAUUAGAAACGGCAAAUGAAAAAGCUUCAACAGUAGCAGCAGCAAUUUCAUCAUCAAAAACGUUGGGCCCAGGACGCCGAACUUCGAGGAGUUUAACUAAGAGGACAUAG